CCUUGAGCGCGAGUUGAAGUUAGCCGAUCGGCGCCGUGGCACGCUGAGGGUUUUUGCUGUAAUGCAGGUCAUUACUAGACUUCCACUGCAGCUACUUCAAGUACUUGCUGACACUCAUUUAUUGCAUAGAUGAAUUUUAUAGGACUUGCGAUCAUGAUGAGCCCCCGGCCCAGUCACAUCUCAAGUUAACGUAGUCGCUUCGAAGCCCUGCUAUUAUUCGCCACCGAUGACUCGUCGGAUGUUGUCAGAAUAACGUUUAGAUGUUUUGAUACCGACCAUAUAAAACGGCCCAGCUAUAGAUCUAGAACUCGGAUCGCUCAGGAGGAUGAUUCCCUCUACAUCGUUUUCAUCUUUUCUUGCUUUGCCUGCGCUUGCCCUCCUCUCCCUGUCAGUGAGCGCUUUGUCUCAUCCUCGGGCGGCUUCAGGCACGGCUGCUCUCAAGCUCGCCGUUAGCAUAAACUCGUACGGGAUCAAGAACAUCGCGGCUGCAGACCGAGCUCGAAUCCAAGCAUUACAAGCUGGCGGCAGCUCUUCCGUCAAUGCAAACAAUACUAUCAUGAUAUACACUGCAGACAUUGGCGUGGGGAGUCCAGAAACGUACUACACACUCCUGGUAGACACCGGAAGUUCACUUACCUGGAUCGGGGCCAACAAGGCUUACAUGCAGACCAACACGAGCCAUGACACACACAAUCAAUUCUAUAUUGCAUAUGCCGGUGGGAGUUCCAUUGAUGGGGAGGAAUACACAGACACGGUAACGCUCAACUCUGAUCUGGUCAUCGUCAACCAAUCUAUUGGCGUCGCAUCUGCAUCUGCCGCCUCAAACCUGCGUGGUCUGGAUGGAAUGCUUGGCCUUGGACCAGUUGGUUUAACGCAGGGCAUCAUCAGCAAUACAGAUGAAGUUGCAACUGUGAUGGACAACCUCUAUGCGCAGAAAACAAUCAGUUCGGAAGUACUCGGAGUGUUCUUCGCACCUGCUUCCUCUGACGAUAGCAGCGGCGAGCUCACAUUCGGCGGUUAUGACACAUCCAAAAUUACUGGAGACAUCAGCUAUGUAUCGAUCACAUCAACAUCUCCAGCAAAUUCGUAUUGGGGUAUUGAUCAAUCCAUCAGUUAUGGGUCUACGUCCAUUUUGGAUGAGACAGCUGGUAUUGUCGAUACCGGAACCACCCUCAUUCUCAUUGCAACUGAUGCCUUUGAUAAAUAUAAGUCUGCUACGGGAGCAACCCUCGAUAAUAGCACUGAAUUGUUAAAGAUCUCAUCUGACCAGUACGACCAGCUCUCAUCCUUGUAUUUUACUACUGGUGGGGUUACUUAUGAGCUCACCCCGAAUGGGCAAAUUUGGCCUCGAUCGUUGAACAGCGCCAUUGGCGGCACGGCCAAGGGCAUAUACCUGAUCGUUGCUGACAGCGGGAGCAACUCCGGUUCUGGCUUGGAUUUUACGAACGGGUAUUGUUUCCUCGAGCGCUUUUACUCGGUGUAUGACACGACAAACUCCCGAGUCGGGUUCGCCACCACUGAGUACACCUAUGCCACGACAAAUUAACUACAGUCCGUCAAGAAGAUCACACACCCGGGACCACAUCAACACACCCACAAAAACAUUCGUUACUUACAUAUCUCGUUUAACCCUGUUGAUAUCACGUACGAAUCGUACUCGUGAACAACAUGGCGCUUCCAGAAUCUGCUGGAAGCUGUGCCAGCGUUCACCGCUCUACAAGCAUGAACGUUAACCUUAUAUAAUACAAGAGAUGCGUUGUUUUCCUGAUGCGGUUCCGAUCUUUAGGGCAAACAAAAUUUCGU